AUGCCACCCAUCGCCCUGCGACAGAGCAGGCGAUGUAAACUGACAGAUCCGCGCCCUUACCUGGCGAAUAUUCCCCGUACCUCCUAUACGAACGUUCAGUUUCGCGCUGGUACAAACGCAUCAUGGCGUCCUGUUUCAAUUCUUGACGACUGGGUCGCGAAAGAAGCUCGCCCUAUCAGUCUCCGCCAGCUUAUGGUUUUUGGCCGCUCUCUUACAGAAUCUCGUUUGAUAAGCUCGGCUAACUAUGUUCGCACCGAAUUGCCUACACGAAUUGCGCACCGAAUCCGAGAUAUGCAACGCUUACCCUAUGUCGUUACUACGAACUCCCAUAUUAAAGAGGUUUACGACCUAUACUACCACGCCUUCGAUACAUUUCGCAAAGUGAAAGAGGUUAAAACACUGGAGGAUAAUGACAAGCUGUGCGAACUCAUCAGCCAUAAUCUAAAGGGGCACUUGACUGUGAUACCGAAGCUUGCUAUGGGAAUCCUAGAAUGCGGUGGUCUCAUGAGCCCUCAAGAUCUGGAUAGCUUCAUGAACACCAUUCUUAGAUCUCGCAUUUCUAGACGUGUCAUCGCUGAGCAGCAUCUUUCACUGACAGAAACCUACAACUCCCCCAACUUCUCUCCCGGAGCAAAACUUUCCGAAUCCGACUUCAUCGGCGAAGUGUUUAUCAAAUGUUAUGCUAAGGAUGUUGUCGAGCGCUGUUCCAAAGCCAUCACCAUUCUUGCACGGACAACGAAUGGCCCUGACGUCCAGAUUCCCGAAAUCACAGUUGAUGGCCAUCUCGAUGCCUCUUUUCCUUACAUUCUAAGUCAUCUCGAGUACAUCAUUGGCGAGCUCCUCCGCAACUCUGUCCAGGCCGUCAUUGAUCGACAUCAGAGGAUCCAUUCGGACCCUGACAGUGUGAAGCCUCCUCCCGUGGAGAUAACCAUCUGUGAGAACCAGCAACAUGUUAUCAUCCGCAUCUGCGACCGUGGUGGUGGUAUCCCUCGUGCUGAACUGCCACAUCUCUGGUCUUUCAGCAAGGGUCCGCAAAGUCAAAGGCGUCUCGAGAAUCUUGCGCAGGUACCCAAGAUGGCAGCAACGAUGCAGGAGCUUCACGUAGAGGAGGAAUUGGGGCGUGCAGAUUUGAAAGCACCCCCAUAUCAAAGUUCGUUAUCAUCUCUCACCAGUCGGCCGCCUAACCUGCGUCUCGGCAUGGGUUUACCUCUGAGCCGUGUCUAUGCUGAGUAUUGGGCUGGGAAUCUUGACUUGCAUAGCCUCGAGGGCUACGGAACGGAUGUCUUCCUGCAGAUUUCGCGACUUGGAAACAAGAACGAGCAACUGACGACGCGGGCUAGCAUGGACGCCUUAUAG